CCCAUGGUCCCGGCGAAUAACGCUAUCAGUGACUUCGCGUUCAGUCUUGAAUACGGUGAACGGUGGUGAGCGGAAAACGUGGAAACAUCAUGCUGAAGACGGUGGCUCUCCUCUGCGCCGCGUUGGCGUACGGCAACGCGGUUGUUCUCAGCGGCUACAACGGCGGGCAUGCCCUGUCCUACAGCGAUUACAGCGAUAUCGAUGGAUACUUAGCAUCCAACGAGUACAAAGUCCUGCCAACAGUCGCGGUGCCGGUGCACUCGGUGUCCGCCUCACCGUUGCACCUCGACGCAUCCCUGGAUCAUGGUCUGCAUGGCUACAAACAUGGUUACAAAAGCAGCGAGGAACACGACUACUACUCCCACCCGAGGUAUACUUUCAAUUAUGGCGUGCAUGAUCCUCAUACCGGCGACGUGAAGACGCAGCACGAGGUGCGAGACGGCGACGUCGUUCACGGUUCUUACAGCGUGAACGAGCCUGACGGAAGCGUACGCAUCGUCGAGUACACGGCGGACGAUCACAACGGAUUCAACGCCGUUGUGAAGAAAGUGGGACCAGCGUUGCACCCGGUGUCGAAACCGGUACCAAUUGUCAAGUACAUCUCGCCGGCGCACUACAACAGCUACGACUACGAGAAGCACUACUAGCGAUCGGCCAUCGUGUAAAUACAGAAUCGUCUCGUAAGGCGUUUCGCUACUUAAUUUUGCUCGAUCUAAUCAGACGCGCAGUCGACGCGACAGCGCGACCACCCUGGAUCUCGUUUCGCAGCGACUGCGUCUUGGGGAGGAAAGUUUUGAGCUAUUUUUGUACGUAUGUAAGUAGACUUAAGGAAGAUCUAGGAUUUCGUUCUUGAUAAAUCGCGAUGAAUAUCAGUGUCAUAAUAAUUGAUCGAGAAUAGCACGCGAGAUAUCGUUGACUCUCUUUUUUGGCGCAAUAUUCGAUUUUGUCUCCAUAAUAAGCGAAAUAAAAGUAUGUUUGUUCUAGUUCCUCA